AUUUCUUAGAUGGACGUUCAUGCAAUUGUUACACGUCUCAGAGAUCUUUCAAGAGACCCACAAAACAGAUCAGCAAUCGCAAAAGAUGAGGCCUCUUUGUCAGGACUUGUACUUUGUCUAAGCAAUGAAGACCCUAAUAUCGUCCUGAUAUCCUUGGAGGCCUUGAAGUUCCUGGCCAUGUAUACAUCCAAUAGACCUGUCAUGAAGAAUCACAUGGGGAUGAUACAAAGUUUACAGACCUUAUCUGCCAACGAAAACGCAGAAGUAGUGCGCACAGCAGAAGAAAUCCACAGUAGUCUAGUCCCGUCCCGAGCUGCCCAGCGCACCAAAAACGUUAACUCUCCUGUGGUAAAGGGUGUGCCGUCUGCAACUGGUCGUGGAGCCUUCUUUUUGGGUCAAGGCAACAAAAAUGCCAAGGUGUUUCUCAUUGAAAUAAACGGCGUUUUCUCCUCAACAGAUGAACAAUCGGUAAAGACGGAAAUGUUAAAGAUCAGAGGUAUCAUUAGUUUCACAUAUGAUAAGAUGAAACAGAGAUACACAAUUAGAACGCGAGCAGAUGUCACACCAGAGAGGAUAGUGCAUCAGAUUAACAAGAUAAAGGGAAUAUCAGCUUCUCACAUUAUAAAGAAUGAGAACGGAGAGGAGGUUGCUAUCAAAUAUGGGUCUGACUUUGAUCAAGAGAACGUACCCGACUAUCCAGAUUAUCUACCAGAAGAAGAUGACGACUUUGACGGUUCUGGAAAGGAUUCAGACAAUGCAUAUUCAAUACAGAGAGUACGAAAGAUGGGAGAUCCGAACGAUGCGGGUUCGGGGGGUUGGCUUGGUAGCGUCGGCACUUACAUCAGCAAGUCUCUCUACUGGUGACACCCAUGUCGCGCUCUAACUGGAAACUAAAAAUGUUGUAAACUUGAUAUUGUAUCCCUCAUGACCUAUGAAACUUUACUGUUUGCUGAUUAUCUCAGAUGGCAUAAGCAGGGGAUACUUCUACUACUACUACUGCUACUACUGCAUAAGCACACUGUUACCUAAUUCAUUCAUAGCCUGAUUUUUUCUACCUUAUUCAACCGCUAAAUAGUGAAACUACAAAUUCUAUUUGAUAUGGAAAUAUGUAUGUCUUCUGCAUAGUAAGACAAUACUAAAUGAUAAUAUCUGCGUCUUGGCAAGGGCUUGCAUCGUGACCUAUAAAACCCACAAUCUUAUGACGUUAAUCUUAAACUGACAGACAACAUUUUUCAAUCUGCCGUUUUCUGACAAAAGUGCCUAAGUCCAUUUCCUCAUUUCAAGUGGUUCUCAAAAACAAUUUUUUUGUGUGGAAACAGUGCGCUAGAUAUGAGGUCAUUUGGGUUGGACAGUUUUGGACAGUUUUGUUGAAUCGUCCGAUAAAGACACGUUAUAAUUCAUACGCCAGUCUUUAAGAGAACUAUCCGCUGUCUUUCACAUUCAUGAACCGUCACGAUUAAGGACGGCUUAAUCAUCACUAACAAUGAUUACAGUAAAACUUGAUGUUGUCAACGAUUCGAGAAUUCGACCUUCAAAUUUCGUUUUGAAAGAUCCACACUUAAUAUCAAUAAUUCUUUUUGACAUAUCCGGUUGCCUGAUGAAAUUAAUUGGAGUGAAUUAGUCAAUUAGAGUGAAACUUGAUGUCAAAUUCCUCAUUAUCGUAGACUUUAUUUCUGAAAGAGUUUUCAUUGCUAAGAUAAAAUAAAGAUAAGAUGUUUGUUUGUUUACUACUGUAUGUUAACAAUACGCUAUAUUUUUUAAUUGA